AUCUCUGUACUCCAGUCACUGGCCUCCACACUCCCAAAACAACACAACAUUCGGGUGCUACACUUCUCCAAGAAGGUGAUAGUGACUGAAAUGUUCGUUCUUAGAAGGAGGAAGUGAAAACUAUUGACCUCAUAUAAGCCCCGGCGAGCGAAAGCUUAUGGAACUUAUGUAGCGAAGAGGUUGGGGAAUUCAGGUAACUUUAGUGCUGGAGUCCAGCGGCUUGUAGACAGGCAGCUCCUUGAGACAGUUUGUGGCCUGCCAUCGUCUUGCUCACACGCACUCGCUCUCUCUCUCUACCCUCACUCUCGCACACAUUUCUCACACACACACACUCUUCCCCUAGCGCCAAAGAAGGGACAUCCAAGCAUAACAGACAACCCACUUGGACAGUGUUGCUGAAACCCCACAGACUGCCAGAAUGGGACCUCCAUUACUGCCGCUCUUAUGAACAUAAUAGCGAACCGAAGGUGCAUUAACCUACACUGUGCACAAGUGUUAUAGUGGAUAACGAGUACUGGAAGUCCGUAUAGCAACAAGACUCAAGUUAUAGGUGCCCAGGGAGUCCCAGUACACACACAAGUACCUGAGUCCUCGUACACACACCAGUACCUGCUGCAGUGUGGUGUGCUCUGGGACCUGACACAAAUUGUCGACCGGUUUCUGAUCGUGGGCAGCAGUACAACAUUAUGCUGCCGUGGGCUGAGUGUUGGAGGAGACAGGCGACUGCAUUAGUAGUGUUUGUCCUCGUCUCCCUCACCACUGCCCACCCGUUCCUGUACCUCAGAGGUAGUCGCUACGGUUAUGGACGAAACAUUCGCCCUCUCCCGUGUACCGAUAAGAAGAUAAAUGAGGCUGGGGUGUGUAUGUUCGCCUGGGACUGUAAGGAGGCUAAUGGAACCCACCUCGGCACUUGUAUUGACAGAUUUUAUUUUGGUUCGUGUUGCAAGCUGCAGUCUGCCGAGGCUCCCCCAUCAGAGAUCACUAACGAGAUACCAUCAUCCGGUUCUCCUAUGAUUCCUGGUUUCGUUCCGGCGACCAAACCCGAAACCAUCAAACCGGGACCCGCAGGGUCUGCUCCUGGACUCGUUUCCGGCCAAGUAUCGACAGUUGUAGCAACCACCAGCGGACAGACUGAAGCCACUCCUGGUACAACUGGAUCUCCUCUCGAGCAAGCUGGGACCACUCUUGGGCAAACUGGAACCACUGCUGAAACUGGAACUACUGUUGAAACGAAUGGAACCACUGUUGGAACAACUGGCUCUACUCUCAGCCAGACUGGAACCACUGGAUCUAGUAUUACCACUGCUGGAACGACUGGAGCUACUGCUGGAACAACUGGACCAAGUAUUACCACUGCUGGAACGACUGGAAUCGUUGUCGAACUGCCUGGAACGACUGGAAUCACUGCUGGAUCGACUGGGACGACUGUUGGAACGACUGGGACCACUGCUGGAACGACAGGAAUUACUGCUGGAACGACUGGAAACACUGUCGGGAUUAGUAUUACCACUGCUGGAACUACUGGAAUCACUGUCGGACAGACUGAAACCACUGUCGGGCCGACAGGAACCAAUGAUGGAAUUAGUAUUACCAGUGCUGGAAACACUGGAAUCACUGUCGGAACGGUUGUUAAUCAGCCAGAAACCACGGCUGGAACCCCUGUUGGAACGACUACGACUGAAAGCACGGCAGGAGCGACUGAGACCACUCUUGGGCCGACUGACACCACUGAGGGACAUACUGCAGCCACGGAUCACACUGGAACCACAAUCGAUGGACCGACUGGACAGGCUGGAAUUACUGAAGAACAAACAGGAACCAAUAACACUUAUACCGAGGAGGUACAUCCUUCAAUAGAAGCCACUGAAAGGCCAGGUUCUACCGAAGAAAGUGUUAUUUCAAUGGAACCUACACGCGUGCAGUUACCUACAGGAGUGGUGGUGGGUGGUACUGAAGGAGGGCUGUCGGAUCAGGAGCAAACAACCGAAACCACUUCCUCUUCAAGUACCAUUGACGAAGGCGAGACCCAGACGCUAAGACCAGCGGACGAAGAGCAGACCAGCAGUGAUGAACCUUCCACAGCGACAGAGGCCAGUGUAGCUGUUGACCCCGAGCCUACUCAUACCGAGGUAACUCAUCCCGGUGUCACAGUGCAAGGUGAUACAGAGACUCCUAACGAUGCUGGAAGCACGACUGGGUCUUCUGCAACUCCUCUUGAUGGGGAGGUUACUCUUCCACACUCUCAACCUACCCUCCCUAAUUUGCAAUCUGCUACACCGAUUAGCGCUCCUGCUACCGAGUCCACGGGUUUACAAGAGUCUACUAUGCUUCCCACAACAGUCUUUUCUGAAGGAGACGACGUUACAGAAGUAGAAACUACAUCAGGUUCUAUAAACGUGGAAGAUAAAACUACACCAGUACCAGAAGUGGUCACAACCAAGCUUCCUGUCACUGGUUUUCCAGAACCUGCCACAACACUCGUUGGCACAAGCCAGGAAGUGGAAACAACCAUCGAUCCCAAUUUCUCUCCGGCUUCUGCAUCUCCCGAACCGGACGAUGCAACCGAGAUUAUAUCAGGAACAACCUUACCGAGUAGUACCAAACCCACUGAUGAACCUGAGUCAGCCAUCACAACCCUCCCACAGGAGGGGCUCGACCAAUCAAUUUCCCCUGCAUCUGUUACUCCACGACCAGGCACUGUCAGCUCCCCGGAAAGUACAACACUACUGCCCUCUGGACACUUCCCAGUAAUCUUCCCCGGAUGGGAAACUACUGAGGAGCCUUUCCCGACAGAUACCUCUGACAGGACUACAGAUCAGCCUGAGGCCGCACACUCGACUCCUAGCGUCAGCGAAGAAACUGACAAAGCCUCCAACAAGCCCGACAUCGUUGAGACUACUUUAAGUCCCGGUGGUGUUGCUACGGACAAGCCUGAAUCUGUGACGGAAAAGCCUGUUAGUGUGAACGUCACUUUCAAGCCUAGUGUGGUUGUGAUGGAGAAGCCUGUAGGGGGCGGGGUUAUAAGUAUUGGGCCAGGGAUUGUAGAGGUAACAGAAAAACCUGUCACUGAAGAAAGCACUGUCAAGCCUACUAUUGUAGAAUUGACGGAGAAGCCUGUCACUGAAGAAAGCACUGUCAAACCUACUAUUGUAGAAUUGACGGAGAAGCCUGUCACUGAAGAAAGCACUGUCAAACCUACUAUUGUAGAAUUGACGGAGAAGCCUGUCACUGAAGAAAGCACUGUCAAACCUACUAUUGUAGAAUUGACGGAGAAGCCUGUCACUGAAGAAAGCACUGUCAAACCUACUAUUGUAGAAUUGACGGAGAAGCCUGUCAGUGUAGAUGUCGCUGUCAAUCCUGCUAUUGAAAUUACGGAGAAGCCUGUUAGUGGGAACGUUACAGUAAAGCCUGAUAUAUUGAAUGCCACAACAACAGAAGGUUUUGUCGACGAAUUUCUGGUGAAAUUAAAUACUUCGAAUUACAAAGACAUUUGUGGUGUUCCCGUCUACCCGACCGGGCGGAUAGUUGGUGGUAACGAGGCUACGUUUGGAGAAUGGCCCUGGCAGGUGUCCUUGAGGCAGUGGAGACAAGUGACCUUCCUUCACAAGUGUGGAGCUGCUCUUCUUAAUGAAAACUGGGCCAUUACAGCUGCUCACUGCGUGGAAAAUGUACAACCAGAGCAGCUUCUCCUACGGCUGGGAGAGUUUGAUCUGGAGAGAUCUGACGAACCAUACCCCUUCGCUGAGAGGAAAGUUCAGAUUAUCGCUACUCAUCCCAAGUUCGACGCUCGCACUUUUGAAUUCGACCUGGCUCUCCUCAGGUUCUACGAGCCAGUCAGCUUCCUGCCCAACAUCAUCCCCAUCUGUGUUCCCCAAGAUGACUACAGCUUCCUCAAUAACACUGGUUACGUCACCGGCUGGGGAAGACUCUAUGAAGAUGGUCCUCUGCCAUCUGUAUUGCAGAAGGUCCCUGUGCCCGUCAUUACCAACAAGGAGUGUGAGGAUAUGUACAGGGCAGCUGGAUAUGUCGAACACAUUCCUAACAUCUUCAUUUGCGCUGGCUAUGAGAGAGGAAAGAGAGACUCGUGUGAGGGAGACUCAGGAGGACCCCUGGUGAUCCAGAGGAAUGGUGUUUGGAACCUGGCUGGAGUCAUCUCUUGGGGUAUUGGAUGCGCUCUGCCCAACCAACCUGGCGUUUAUACCAGAAUAUCCGAAUUUAGGGAGUGGAUCGAGAAGAUUAUCGUAUUUUGAAAAUUGUAAUUAUAUCGUUAUUAUUAUUAAAUUGUUAUAUAUUUUUUAAUGGUUGUUGUUGCUAUCAUAUGCAAUUAUCUUUAGGAAGAAACGAGUUAAACAGAAAGGUUAAAUUGUUACUAUGUAAUUUUGCUUCUCCAGAGAUAAUUGCAUUUUGUUAUAAAUUGACCGUUUUAAAUGACCUUUUUGGGGCAAUGUUGUUAUAGAAAAAGUAUAAUCUUGCAGUUGUAUAACUGUUAUAGAUCCAAUACUAUUAUUUCCUAAGUAAUGAGGCAAUUAUUAGUUAUUUAUUGUGAACGAAAUGAAGCUUAUUCCUCCGUAAAUAAAAUAAUUUCUUAAUUGUUUUUUUAAAUUAUUAUUGUGUGUGUGUGUUUGUGUACAUUUAUUUACGGAUGCAUAUUUUAGUUCAAUAAGUCUUUUAUUAUUUAUUAUUUCUGUUAAUUGAUCUCCUCAGAGCUGUUAUACUCAGGAUAUAUACACUGGAGAGAUGUAUUUAUCUCAGCGUAUAUAUGCUGACAGUAUAUUUUAACCCCUAUUUUAGGGGUUCGAGUAUUCUUGUCUGCUGGUGAACAGGUUCCGUGUAGCCUUAAUGACCAUAGUGUAGUCGAUAGGCUUUAAACCUCAUUAACCAGCUGUCAUAAGGAGAUUACUCAUUGUUUUCUCCUCUACAAUAGGCAUUAUUUUGAUGUUUUCUUGUAUACUGUAGUUUGUAGCUGCUGUUAUUGUCUAGGGAUGAUCAAUGGUGUUUUUGUCUCAGCAGGAUGAAUAGGCAUGUUUUCUGUGUACUAGUGAUGAAUGGUGGUUGUUGACGUGUACUAGUGAUGAAUGGUGGUUGUUGACGUGUACUAGUGAUGAAUGGUGGUUGUUGACGUGUACUAGUGAUGAAUGGUGGUUGUUGACGUGUACUAGUGAUGAAUGGUGGUUGUUGACCUGUACUAGUAAUGAAUGGUGGUUGUUGACCUGUAUUAAUGAUGAAUGGGGGUUAUUGACGUGUACUAGUAAUGAAUGGGGGUUGACCUGUACUAGUGAUGAAUGGGAGGCUGUUGGCUUGUACUAGAAUGAUGAAUGGGGGUUGUUGACGUGUACGAGAAUGAAUAGGGGUUGUUGACGUGCACUAGAGUGAUGAAUGGGGGGUUGUUGACCUGUACUAGUGAUGAAUGGGGUUGUUGACUUGUACUAGUGAUGAAAGGGGGGAUUGAUGACGUGUACUAGUGAUGAAUGUGGGGUUGUGACGUGUACUAGAUAGAUGAAAGGAGGUUUAUUGUUGUUCCUUAUUUAUAAGCGUUGUUACUGUAAAAGUGAAGGUUGAACAUUAAAAAUAAGGCAGAUAACAGUGAACACUAAUGAAACAGUCAUAUUCACUGAUAUAUGUUCAAGGCUAAAGAAAAUGCUUACUCAGGUUGGUUUGUUAACUAAUGCGUAUGUGUGUGUGUUUGUGUAUGUGUAUGAGACGCGGGGUGCACAUGUGUGUGUAUGCGAAGAGAAAUGGGAAGUGAUACCCCAUACCCCAUCACCCUACCCUUGCUCAGCUCCUUACCCGCAUCAGCUGACCUGUGAUAUAUUGUGUGUGGUGAUAUGCCCGCACCUCCUCCCUAGUGUGACCUUGUACCCUGGUUAAUUAACAAUAUUAAAGCCCGUGUGGGUUAGUGCAAUGAGUUGAGGAGGCUUGAUACUCCGUCUACUGGACACGCUACCCAACUGUGCUCAUCCAACUGAUGAUAUUUAAGAUAAAUGGAAUAAUGGUGAGAUAAUUUGUAUCAACAUGAACAAUGUGUCAAGAAAAUGAUUUUAAAAUGUGAUAAAACUGGAAAAACUCACAGCUAACCCACAAUUUGGAGACCCCCCUAGACGAGGUUUCAGUCCCUUCAUGACGAUAGUUCGAAACAGACUGAAACGUCACCUAGAACUUCCGCUCGAAAUUGUUCGUUAGUUCUGAGUGAAUUAAUGAAUGCUGUAGAUUGUCCCACAUAUGUUGUCUCCUCUCAUAUGUUGUCUCCCUCACAUGUGUUAGUUGUAAGUCUCGGGUAGAGCUUCUUUUAUGUAUAUUCAAAUUCUCCUAAUAUAUUAAUGAUGCAUUUUUUAUAAUUUAUUGUAGAUUUUUUCUUCAGUAGUGUCUUGAGCGAAUAUUAAUGAGUUGUUUCUCAGUGUUCUUCGUGUGGUGCUGGAGGCCAGGGUCUGGAGGCCAAGUCCUGGAGACCAGGAUCCUGGGAACCAGGUCCUGGAAGCCAAGUCCUGGAGGCCAGGGUCCUGGAGGCCAAGAUCCUGGAGGCCAGGGUUCUGGAGACCAGGGUCUGGAGGCCAGGUCAUGGGAACCAGGUCCUGGAAGCCGGGUCCUGGAGGCAGGGUCCUGGAGGUCAAGAUCCUGGAGGCCAAGAUCCUGG